GGGCAGUGUGCCGACUGGACAGCCUGACGGAGGAACCAAGCCUAUCUGCUGUCUCUAGCUUUUGCAACCAUGCUUGAAAAUAAAGGGGCACCAGAAGUGGAUUGUAGAAUGAGUAAUGCAUCAGAAAGGAGUAAAUGUGGAAUGGAGAGUCCGAGUGGGAGUGGGGACGGCAACACAGAAAUCCAAACGAAUGGACUGGACUUUCAGAGGCAGACGCUUCAGACCACAAGCGCAAUCACCAACGCUCACACACAGGCUCUCCUCCAACAGUCCAAGUCAGAAGACUCGGGUGCAAUUCCGACCUCCGUCCAGCAGGGGGUGCUGCCUCAGGCCCAGCUCAUGUUGGCUGGGGGACAGAUAGCUGGAUUGACCCUGUCUCCAGCGCAGCAGCAGUUGUUGUUGCAACAGGCCCAGGCCCAGCUCCUAGCAGCAGCCAUGCAGCAGCAGUCAGCCAGCCAGCAGAGCAGCACUACGGGGGCCAGCAUCUCUGCCUCUGCAGCCACCCCUAUCACACAACUGCCCCUGUCCCAGCCCAUCCAGAUCACCUCUAUUCCCUCUGGUUCUACCCAUCUUCCAGGCCAGCUAAGCCAGCUGGGAUACCCCUAUGAGAUGGCGACCUUCAGCAGUUACCUACCUCAGUUACAACAGCUGCAGCAGCAGAACCUGACCAUGCCCCAGUUUGUCCUAGUUCAGCCUGGCCACCACAUCGCUACCCAGCUGCAGCCUGGCCAGUUCAUCAUCUCACAGUCACCACAGGGCCAGCAGAGUCUCCUGCAAGGCCAGAGUCUUCUAACUCAACUACCUCAAAGCCAAGCCAACCUCCUGCAGACUCAUCCCAGCAUCACGCUCUCCACACAGCCAGCGACUCCAACCCGCACGAUAGCAGCCACGCCCAUCCAGCCUCUGGCCCACAGCCAGACCUCGCCCCCUAAACGCCUGGCCACGCCCAGUCUGGAGGAGCCCAGUGACCUGGAGGAGCUAGAACAGUUUGCCAAGACCUUCAAACAGAGACGCAUCAAACUGGGCUUCACACAGGGAGAUGUUGGCCUGGCUAUGGGCAAGCUGUACGGUAACGACUUCAGCCAGACCACCAUCUCCCGUUUCGAGGCCUUGAACCUGAGUUUUAAGAACAUGUGCAAGCUGAAGCCACUGCUGGAGAAGUGGCUCAACGAUGCAGUUUAUGCAGACAAUCUGUCGUCUGACCAGGCCCUGUCCAGCCCCAGUGCCCUGGGCUCCCCUGGCCUGGGUAUGGAGGGGCUGAACCGCCGACGCAAGAAGAGGACCAGCAUCGAGACCAACAUCCGUUUGGCCUUAGAAAAGAGAUUUCUGGAACAGAACCAAAAACCUACCUCUGAGGAGAUAACCAUGAUCGCCGACCAGCUCAACAUGGAGAAGGAGGUGAUCCGGGUGUGGUUCUGUAACCGCCGGCAGAAAGAGAAGAGGAUCAACCCCCCUAGCGGUGGAUAUAGCAACACCGGGACAGGAAGUAGCCCCAUCAAAACCAUCUUCACCCCUACGAUCCCUCUGGUGGCCAGUACGGCCAGCCUUGUGACCAGUAACACACCGACCACACUGACUGUAAACCCAGUGAUGCCUCUCAACAGCACCAGCGUGUCUGGCCUGACCUUCACAGGCACGACCAUAGGAGCGACCACAAACACGGCGUCUGUCAUCUCCAUGGCACCCAUGGUUACUGCGGUGACCAGCUCCCCAUCGCUAAGCCCCUCCCCCACGGCCCUCCAGGCCACGACGGCGGAGACCGGCGGAACCCAGGAGCACACGGUGGUCACGCAGGCACCGUCGUCCCUAGCGACCACUCUGGGGACGGGUCAGGUGAUGGUGGCUGGACUGGGCCUGUCGGCCGCCCUGCAAGGCGCCGCCCAGUUACCCACCAGCGCUAGUUUCGCCGCCAUGGCCGGGCUUAACCAAGGACUUAUGGCGUCGUCGCAGUUCACUCCUGGGGGGGCCUUGCUGAGCUUGGCUCCAGGGGGGCUGGGAGGGGCUCUGAACCCCGCCAUGUUGAGCAACAGCACCCUGGCCACCAUCCAAGGUCUGUGGAGCGCUCUGGCAUCAGGCGGUGCUCUCCCCAUCACCUCGCUGGAUGGGAGCGGUAACCUGCUGUUCGCCAACACCUCCGCCGGCAGCACCCCCAACCUGAUGCAACCCCUCUUCCUGAACCCCCAGAACCUGUCCCUGCUCACCACCAACCCUGUCAAUCUGGUGUCAGCUGGAGCUGCUGGGGGAGGGGCCCUGCAGGUCUCAGCUGACCACCAGGUCACCACGGCGACUGUACCAGUUCCCGCCUCCACCAUCACCACUGCCUCCAGGGCCCAGUGAAGCUGGAGGCCUCAAAUGGAACCCUAUGCCCUAUUUAGUGCACUACUCUUGGUUAUAUGUAGCGUACGAUAUGUCUGGCUCUGGCCAUAUUAGGGCACUAUAUGGGGGAAUAGGGCUGUUGUUUGGGAUUUGGCCUUAGACUAAUGGCUCUACCCACCUGUUCCUCCUCUUCUCUCUGUCAUUAUUUAAAUAUUUUGCUGCCACCAAAAAGAAACCCUCUGUGAAGCGGGUUGGAAUUGAUUAUUUUUUUUUAUGUUGGUCUUCUUUCCAUUCUCUCUUCCCUAGUACUCCAAAAAUGUUGGUCUUCUUUCCAUUCUCUCUUCCCUAGUACUCCAAAAAUGUUGGUCUUCUUUCCAUUCUCUCUUCCCUAGUACUCCAAAAAUGUUGGUCUUCUUUCCAUUCUCUCUUCCCUAGUACUCCAAAAAUGUUGGUAUUUUUUCCAUUCUCUCUUCCCUAGUACUCCAAAAAUGUUGGUCUUCUUUCCAUUCUCUCUUCCCUAGUACUCCAAAAAUGUUGGUAUUUUUUCCAUUCUCUCUUCCCUAGUACUCCAAAAAUGUUGGUCUUCUUUCCAUUCUCUCUUCCCUAGUACUCCAAAAAUUAUGUUUUUGGUCGUUGGAUGCAUCAGGUCACACAGGAGGACUGGGGCGGCCAUUUUCUGAGGCAUGAUCGUCUUGAACUCUAUGGUUUGUGCUCCUUGUGUGACACUUGACCAACGUCUUGGGAGAGUAAAUAACAGAGAAGACCCACCUUUUCUACUCCGUCACCUUUUUCACAAGUAGAGAUCUUUCUCUUCCCUGUUCAGAACUUAUUCUGAAGUACUUCUAACCAAAAAUGUGUGAUUUUACUUUUAAAAAAUUUACUCUAACAAAAAUGAUUUACUACUAAGUUCACAAUCUACAUCAUCACUAAAAGGGGGUUUGUGCGUCUCCCCUGUCUAGGUUGAGUUUAUAGUGUCGGAGGCUCUGUUGGAAAGGCCUCAACACGAAUAUCAAAGUUUUAUUUUAGAAGCGUUCUCGUUUUAGUUUGUUUUCUCUUGUUUUUAUGUGAGUGGACAUUUUCAGAACUUUACAUCUAACAUUAAGUUUUAACUGCUAUAUAUAUAAUUAGUUUUAUCGUGGUUAUAAGGCUUUAAAAAUCUAGUAAUAAUAAGUGGCUGAUAUAUAACGGUUAUCGUUGCUUUAAGGAACAGGGUUAGCUGAGUGGUCUCUCUCUGGUCCUCUCGGUCUGGUAACACUGAGUUUGACAUUUCGCAGUAGCCCAGUGGCCAUGGAGCAUUUGUAAAUGGUAGUCUAGGUGCGGACCAUAGACACUGAUAUAAGAAAUGAUCACGCUUAGAGCUUUAACCCGGGUUACAUAUGGACCCAUGUCUGUGGGGUGGUGGUUGUGUGUUGUGGGGGGGUCAGGGUUCACAGUUCAGGGGUCAGGCAGUAUAGGGGCUAAGUUGUUUUCUUGUGACCUUUACAGCUCAGGCAAAUACAGACGCCUCAGUUAGCUGUAUGAUACAUGGAGCUCUGUGACUGAGUGUUCUCUGACGGUCUGUCUGUCUGUGUGGUUGCCAUGCCAACUGGAUGACGUUGGUGUGCGGUAGAUGGGGACGUUGUGUAUUUUUGCUGAGAUAUUUUUCAUUUUUUUAAUGCCACCAAUGAACUGCAGUCUGCCUGUUUUGAAAGACUUAAACAUUCUGUCAUGUUUUUUAACAUGUUUUAUGGUCCUUUAUUUCUGCAGUCUUUCGACUGGCUUACUUCAAAUAUACCAAAAAUAUUUGUUAAAACUAGUGCUGUUUAUUGUCAGUGUAGCUUAGCCUAGUCCUAAUAUUUAUGAGUACAAAAUCUCUCUCUCUCUCUACACACAACAGGAGAGGAAAAUGCAAUAUGUUGAUGAUCACUUUCCAAAGACAAACGUAUUUUUAAAUUUGACUAUGGCUGUCCCUGCUCAGCUUUAAAGUAGCAGGGCAAAUAACCAAAAAGAAAGGAAUGGGAAGACGGGAGGUCAGGUGUCUCCCUGAAUAAUGUUCAUAUAUUUGAGGGGUGUUUAGGUUUGAAUGGUAGCGGUUAUAUGAUAUCAAUGGGUGCUUAUCCUCUAGGCUCGGUCUCGUUUCUCUACAUGUUUCCCCCAUGAUGAUAUGGCAGACUGUCCUGACCCUUUCUAGACUGGCAUAUCCGAUGGGCAACAGUUUGGACUGUAGUCAGGCUUUCAAUAGUCGGGUAAGGGCUGUCCAUUUUGAGUUUUUCUACUAAUCCUCAGCCAUGAAAUAAAAAGCUUGAACCAAAGUCGUUUUCUCACUAGCUGCUGUGCCUGUGUGAGCCAGCAAGUGCUGUUCACACGAUCACUAUCAUACAUAAUACUACUACUGACAAGUUUUCUCCUCUUAAACCCACCUGUGUGCAUCCCCCACCUCUAACCCGCUUCUAAGGAACAAGGAUAUUUUAGCUUUAAUGACCAGCUGCUUUAAUUUAGAAUGGUGUGUUUUUUCUUCUACCUUUGUGACCAUAUCCUGUUAGCAGGUCUCGAUUUCCUGUGGUUGAAGCCUUCUCUCCUUCCCCUCAAUGCCCAGGUAGCUUUACUAUGGGGAGGUCAUCCACUGGCAGCACCAGUAAAGACGUUUCGGACCAAAGAUCCUGACCUGUAACCAAACAGCGUAGCCUCUGUGCUGCCCUUAUCGAACUGCCCCUUUUCGUAACAACAACAACAGCACACAGCAAUAGUGUUGUUCUGUCGGCCCUAACAUAACCGGAUUAAUGACGGCCUAGUUUGAAAGCAGAGAAUUGGCUCCACGCUGUUCAGUUUUUGUGCUCCUUUUUCACCCGUGAAUUACUUUGACUAAAUACCUCAGCAGCACUUAGACAUUAGGUUCUCUAAGAAAUCUGACACCCGCUGAAUAUUAUAGAAUGUACAAGAACUGUAUGGCUGAAUUGUACAAGAUGGCAAAAAAAUAGUCAUCGUUAUCUCAAACUAGGACAAACUACUACUGCUAUUUUCUAGUACUACUACUUAUGGGUAUUUCCAGGUUUUAACAGUUGAACAUUAUUUUGUGAUCCUUCUUGCCAAAGCAAAGCGAAAGCCUUUCUCUCUGCGGCUGGGUUGAUGUCUCCAUGCUGCUCACUUGGCUGGUGUUCUGUCUGAAUGGCACUUGUUGUUCUAUUUGUAGUCCUGUUUGCAGUCAUUCACCAGUCGUGAAGUGCGGUAGCUAGGUGAACCAGUGUCCAUUGGCACCAUUGGAAGUUAAUGAAAUAUUUAUCUGCGGAACGACUAAAGGAUAAGAGAAAAAAACAUUUUUUUUCUUCUCUUCUUAAUUCUAUACAUAUAUAUAUAUACACAACAUAUGUAAGAUAUUCAUAUUUUAUAUUUGAACUAGUAUGUUAUCAAGACUGAAUGUGGUGUUUUGUCAUGCUUAUAUUCAAAAGACAAAAAAAUGUUUUUUUAUUAAUCAUAGCAAUUUUGAAAAACUUUCAAGACCAAAAACUUAGACCGCGCCCCCUUGGUGCAUGAAUCACAGACACCUGUAGCCAUCAUGUGUGGGUGUGGUCUGUUGAGUGGGAGGGGCUUGCUCUGGUGCCCCUAUUGGACAGUCCCCGUUUGUGCUGUUGCUAGGGAAACAGACUGAAGCGCCUAAUCUUUCAUUGUCUUUUUUGUCUGUGUGUUUGGUUUACUAUGGACUUGAUUUGCUGUGCUGUUUUUAACAAUCGUUAGAUGUUUUUUUUAAAUUACGUAUGCCUUUAAUUGUUUUGUAUAGCACGAGAGGGCAAGAUCACUGGCUUCCUUAGUUUGACAAAAUAUGAAAAUGAUAAUUUACGCCUUAUCGUUAUUUAGAAGACAAAAGCAUUGUAGCAUAUGUUUGUGUGAGAGUAAUCUAGUGAGAGAGGCUGCCUCCUCGCUAUCGUUUGUGUUUAGCUAGCCUACUCAGUGCAUAGUUAUUGGGCUUGUGCUGUUCUGGCACAGUUAUGUUGCUACCUAUGACUUUAGGGGUGACCUAGACAGGUGGCAAUACCUGUAGGAAAAGCUUUACUAUUAACUGA